AUGACGGCAACCGUCCGUCGCCCGCGCGUAGCCAUUGUUGGCGGAGGCAUCUCCGGCAUGGCAUGCUCCUGGAAGCUGCGAAACCAGCGGUGCACCGUGGACAUUUAUGAGUCUAGCGACAAGCUCGGCGGGCACGCCAAUUCGAUGCCGUUUACGGGCAACGGCAGAACGGUGGAUGUAGACACUGGGUUCGUUGUCAUGGAAGAGGCAACCUAUCCUCAAUUCACGUCUUUCCUCCUGGAACUCGGCGUCAAGACAAUUCCGACGGACAUGUCGUUUGGCGUGUCGGCCCUGAACGGGGCGUUGGAGUGGAACAGCCUCUCUAUUAUGGCCUUUGUGGGCACUUUAGCCAACCUUUUCAGCCCCUGGUUCUGGCGUCUGAUGUUUGACAUUGUCUACUUUAACCUGUUUGCGCGUGACAUCCUCACGCAACAGGCGCCCGUGUCGCCGCCCAAGAAGUUUGUCGGGCCGGUGGAAAUGGAGAUUGCGGCCAUCGAAAAGGACCUCAAGGUCAACCGCCGCGAGUCCAUCGCCGACUACCUCAAGAGGCAAAAGUACUCGGAGCAGUUCAUCAUCUACUUCCUCAUCCCUAUGGUCGCGGCGCCGUGGUGCAUCGACCCGGAUGAGUUUGCGGCCAACUUUCCCGCGAGAAACCUCAUCCAGUUUAUCUUGCUGGAUACCGUCACCAAGACUCUCCGGUGGCGCACAUUCGCCAAUGGCUCCAAGACAUAUGUGGACGAAUUCCAGAGGCAGAUGCCGCACCAUCACAAGCUUCACUUGAAAACCGUUGUCAGGAGCGUGACGAGGGUAGACGGAAAGGUCCUUCUCAGCUUCGCCGAUGGUUCAAUCGAGACCUUUGACCAUGUGUUACUCGCAAUUCAUGCCAACCAGGCCGUGACCCUGCUUGGCCAAGGCGCCAGCGCGCUGGAGCGCAGGAUCCUUGGUACCUUUACAACCAGAAGAAAUGUGUGCUAUCUGCACUCUGACAAAUCUCAACUCCCAAAACACCAGGCGGCCGCCUGGAACUGCUCCCUAGUCGGCGACGGCGGCGUGGUGCGCCACGGCCAGGCAACCAAAAACGCAGCCAAGCGCAUCUCCAUCACAUUCGACAUGAACAGGCUCCAGUCCAUUCCCUCGCCCGGCGAGAAGAACAGCCCCGGCAGGGUCCUCGUCUCCAUGAACCCGUUGGGGAUGCCCUCGGCAGUCCAGGGCCAGAUACAGUACUCCCACCCGCUCAUCAGCCACGAGAGCCUGCUCAUGACGCGCCACCUACACAGGAUCAACGGCGUAUCCUGCAUUUACUUCGCGGGUGCGUGGAUGGGUUAUGGAUUCCAUGAGGACGGCUUCACCGCGGGCGCCCACGCCGCGCGGCUCAUCACCGACGGCCACGCGAGCACGCCGCCGCUUGAUCUGAUCCAGGACAUUCAGGACGAGACAGCGGCCGCGUACGGCGCGGGCGUCGCCCGGCUGGCCUUGAGGUUCGGUGUCGGCAUGGUGCAGCGCGUGCUGUGUUCAGGAGCAGGUCUUCAGCAGGCUCAGCAGAUCCAUUGCCCUGGCGGCCGCGCAGGACUCGUGGACGAUGCUUCUCAUACCAACAAAAUGCAUGGGAAGAGUUAUUAG